UGCCAGGUCAAGGUUAAUUUGUAUUUUUAUGUUUACCAUUUAACGUUCUUUCUUCCUCAAUGCUUAGUUUCUAACUGAUCGUUCAUCAUGAAGGAAGUCGGGAUCAGUAGAGUGAAUAAGGAACUCAUAAGCAUGGAAGAAGGACUGAUCGGGAAUGGGAAAACUUCGUGCAUGAAGUACAUCGAAAUGAAUAAUACUUUAAAACGAAUAAUAGAAUGCGUAAAAUUAAUUCUCUUAUUGGAAAUGCUGCUUUGCAUCGGAUGGGGUUGUUACACGAUGUGGCAAAAUUGUCACAUCGAAUCGAUGGAAGUAAAGGGUAUAAAUAAUAAUAUUCCAGAAACAGAAUUGGAAAAUCUGUUUACUCCUACCCCGUGUGAUAAAUGUACGAUAAACGCGGUUGAACGACACAAUAAAUCGAACGAUAUCUUAACGAAAAAUAUAUUAAAACCGACGGAGAUUUCGAAGAUCGAUAACGAAACCGAUGCGAAUAUCAAUGCAAUGAAAGAUAAUUUGCAAAAGGUGGAAGAUGACUUAUUGUUGGUGAUAAAUAACGAUAAGAAGAACGCGUUAGAAGAUGCUGAAUCUUUCGUUGAAUCGAUCGAACAUGAUAAUUUAAAUUCAAAGGAAUUUAAAGAAAAUUUAAAAAUCGACGAAUCGACAAAAUAUGACAAAGAUUCACGGACGAACGAAUCGUCGGAAAGAAGCGAGACAGAAAUAUCGCAACAGGAACAAAGGAAUUUAGAAAAUUAUUCGAUUAUCUUGUUGAUCUUGGAGAAUGCUCUGAGAAAUACGUCAGCCUCGGACAGUUCUUCUACCGAGAACAAGUUGCCAGAUUUUAAGAUACACGACGAGUGGUUAAACGAAGAAUUUACAGACGAAAGUGGAAAAGCUUUUACAUCGGAAUCACGCAUGGAUGCUGAUAAUACGGGAGAAAUGUCGGAAGAAAGGAUAAUUUUCGCCGAAAAUCCUUACAGUAACAAAGAUGUAAAUCAAAACGAUGAAUGGAAUCGACGAAAAAUAGUUUCUGAUUUAAUGGAAAGCGACGAUAAUGAUGCGAACGAAGGAUUUAACGAAAAAAAAAACACUUCGGACAGUACAAAUAUAUCAGAUUUAUCCAAUUCGCCUUAUAUAUAUGAUCCGAAUUAUUUAUAUUAUACAUAUUAGAUUAUAAAUACGUAAAAAAGAUUUCCAUCGAGAGAUUUAAACAUUCCACUAAAAAGAAUAGAUGAUUUUUAGAUUGAGAACAUCUAGAGAAUAUAUUCUUGUUCUACGUAUAAAUAAAAACCGCAGGAGAGGAGAUACAUCUGGACGACUAGAAGAAGAAAAAUACGGCCAUUAAACAUCGUACUUGGUGUAUGUAAAUACGAAAAGAUGAAUUUAAUUAUAAAUAUAUAAGUUUAAAAUUAUCGGGAAUACAUAAACGUGAGCAAUAAAUAUGGAAUGAAGAAAGAAUAACUUGUAUGGUUAUUAUUAUUGUACGUAUUUACGACUAUAUUGCGAAUGAAAUCUUUUUUUUAUUUGUAAACG